UAUGUACAUGACGUCACACCUGGCAACCUCGCAGGCACUUUACCCAAACAGAGUGCUUAGCCGAGAAAGUAAUUUGGCACAAAAAAUAAAAAGGUUUGGGGUUCGGUUGGAAGGAGAGAACGAAAUAAAGGAUGCCUCCAAAAAAGAAAGGGAAAAGCGCUGAAAAGGGGGAAAAGAAAGAUAAGGGGAAGGUGAAAGGGGGAACGCCAGCUGGAGAAAAGAAGAUAGAGCAGCCGUUAACAGAGCUGGACAAGGAGUUCUACCUGAUCCAGAUUCGGGACCUGGAAGAGAGACUCGAGAGAUACCAGCACAAGUGUGAUGAGCUGGAGGUCAGGGAGAAGGACUUUAGCUCUGAAUUAGAUCGCUUGACCAAGGACAAGAAGGAGAUCGUGUCCUUCCUGAAGCGCUCUCUAGACCAGCGAGCGGAUGAACUGGCUGACCUCACUGACCGGCUCAUUGGACUCCAGCAGGCCAAGGAGGCAGAGAAGGAAGCCUGUGAGAAUCAGCUGGCACAGCUCCGACACGAGUUCCAGGAGAGCAAGGACCAGCUCACCUCUGAGAACAUGAUCCUGGCGGGGAAGCUGGCGUCUGUGGAGGAGUUCCGGGUGCAGAAGGAAGAGCUGAUGGGACGGCUCACUGAAAUGGAAGAGCAGCUGGAGAAACAGGGGCAGGAGCACCAGACCACCAUCUCUAACCUGGAGAAGAAGGCAGUGGUGGACAAAGACAGGCUGAAGAAGGAGAUGAUGGUACGUGUGGCUGCGGUGGCGGCAGAGUUUCGCCGGGUCUCAGACAAGCAAAUGGCAGAAACCACAAAGAGGAUGAUCCGGGAGAACGUGUCUGUGACCGCUCAGCUAAGCAAGAGCUCCAGUAAGAGUCUGGAGCUGCUGCAGGAGAACCAGGCCCUGAAGGAGCUGGAGGAGCGGCAGAAACAGCAGCUGGGAGUGCUGGAGCACGGGCAAAAGGACCUAGCCAGGAAGAGCCUCAGCAAUCAGAAGGUGGUGAGAAUAUUGACAGAGAAGUGCAAGGAGCAGCAGUAUGUGCUGCAAGAAUACAUGGAAAAGGAACAUGAGUAUGACCAGCUGAAGUCUGACCAUGCCACCCUACAACAAGAAGUGGAGGUCCUAAGACAGGAGCUGGCCUCAAGGAAAGACGAGCAGGGAGUGAAGCAUGCAGAGGCUGAGGAUCUGAAGAGGUGUCUGAUAGCAGAGCGGCAGAGCAGGGGCCAGCUGGAGAGAGUCCUCAAAGAGGCAGCCUUCGCUCUCAAGGAGGCUCUGCUCGAGGUGCCGUCUACUAUGAAGGAGGCUGACCCUGAGAUCCAGACCCACGUGCGCAGGAGGCAGAUGAUGGAGAAGCUGCUUUCCCUGCUGGACAGCGCCGCUCUGCUAGGAGUUGGACCUGCUCUGAAGGAAUUCAAAAGGGAGGCAGCCUCUAUCCAUGAACACAGAACCGAGCCUGGGUCAGACAGACUCUCUGUGCUGCUCAAGGCUCCCAGACUCCUGCCGCACUACAGAAUAGGAGACCUUGGGCUGGUGCCUCGGCCAGAGCAGACCCUUGCUACCACCCUGAACAAAGUGGCACCUCUCUCCAGGAGUACACAGCUUGAGCUGCACAAACACCUGGGCCAGGACUCGGAGGCUUUAGUCACAACAGCAGGGAGAGCUGCAGCAUUCCUCCCUGAGAUUACAGCUGAAUAACAAAAUAAAAACUUCUACACACAGCAACUGUGUGUGUGUUCCCGUUUGAAGAAAUUGUUAGACGCACAGCUUUUAUCUUUUUGAUUUCAAAUAAAAACAUUAAAAACACUG